GUCCGUAUGGUAAACCGAUUGCCAACGCAGGCACAUAAAUAAUAAAAACAUAAAUAUGCUGUUUAUAAAAAACGCUAUAUAAUGCAUAAAUCUCUGGAGCGGAGCCGCAGCUCCGUCAGCUCCACACCCACUAACGCGCCUGAAGAGCGGCACAGUGUUAGCGACACUUUCUACACGAGCCAACGCAAAGGUAGUCAUGUAUUUCGAGUGCGUCUGGACGAGACAGGUUUUACGCUGGAGCGUGAAUCCCCAAGCGGAGGCACGGUUAAGGGCCAGACUGUUAAGAUAUGUGAUAUAGUGGGUGCGCGUUGUGUUCGACUAAAAAAAUCCAGUCGUAGUUUGGCAGGCUGUGCCUGUGUGAAUCCUGGCACACCCAGGGCCACAGGCGGAAAGAGGAAUACGCCGAGUAAAUGCAGCAUAGCCAGCAGGGAGGAGUAUGCCUGCAAUGGCGGCGAUGCUAGCGCCUACUUGUACUUGUUUGCCUAUGUGCUAAAGAAAAAGAGCUUCCGCAGCAGUGUGCACAGAGAGCGCACUGUGUUGACAUUACGCUUUCGUUCCUUUGACUCCUUUGAGGAUAAUAUGAAAGAGGCAGAGCGUUGGUACCGCGCCCUAUGCUGGCAGUUGCAACGCACCUUGGAGCCUAUAUUUGUGACACCUGAUGCCAAGCGUAGACGUGUGCUCGUCCUGCUGAAUCCCAAAUCUGGUGCUGGCAAUGCUCGUGAGGUGUUCAAUCUACAGGUAGUGCCUGUGCUCAACGAAUCCGAAGUGCCGUACGAUUUAUUUGUUACUAAGCAUUCCAACUAUGCAUUGGAGUUUAUGGGCACGCGACGCCUGGAGGAUUGGUGUACUAUUAUUGCUGUGGGUGGUGAUGGUUUAUUCCAUGAGAUCAUUAACGGACUACUGCGUCGAGAGGAUUGGGCAAAAGUGAUGCCUGCCAUCUCGCUGGGCAUUAUACCUUGUGGCUCUGGUAAUGGACUGGCGCGCUCCAUAGCACACGGUUACAACGAACCUUAUUUUAGCAAUCCAGUGCUGGGCGCUAGCUUGACAGUUAUCAGUGGACGCAGUUCACCCAUGGAUAUGGUGCGUGUGCAGCUGCAGGAACGCGUUAUGUACUCCUUUCUAUCCAUAGGUUGGGGCCUUAUCUCAGAUGUGGAUAUUGAGAGCGAGUGCAUUCGCAUGUUUGGCUAUCAGCGUUUUACAAUCUGGACUCUAUACCGCUGGGCAAAUCUACGCACCUAUAAUGGACGCAUUAGCUAUCUGCUGGCAGAGCCCACAGCGGAGCAGCCAGCUGCCAAGCAGUCAGAAGAGCUGAGCCGUCUUCAAUCGAGUCGCAGCUGCAAUUUGCAUUUGGAUAAGCUAGCUAGUGAUAGCUAUCGCCGCAGUUCGGACUUGUUGCCGCAAGAGUUUGAAGAUGUCAUCUCGCUGGAAACGUCUAUCAAUCAAUCUUUUCGUUCGCGUUGUGACAGCUGGUUGUCUGGUGGCUCCAGGCGCAGCUGCUAUUAUUCCAUAAGCGAAAGCAUAUAUCAUAGUCUAGCGGAUGAGAGCGAGUUUACACAGGCGGCAAACUCUGAUCAAGAGCUUCAAUAUGGACCGGGCAGCAGUCUGCCUCCAUUGGAUGAACCUGUGCCAGAUCAUUGGCAAGUGGAACAGGGUGAAUUUAUUAUGAUGCAUGCGAUAUAUCAAACGCAUUUGGGCAUCGACUGUCAUUUUGCGCCAAAGGCGCUGCUGAAUGAUGGCAAAAUAUAUCUCAUUUUAAUACGUGGCGGCAUCAGUCGUCCACAUUUGUUGAGCUUCUUGUAUAACAUGAGCACGGGCACGCAUCUGCCGGAGAAGAACAACGAGUUUGUUAAAGUACUACCAGUGCGUGCAUUUCGUCUGGAACCGCAUGACAAUCAAGGCAUCAUUACUAUUGAUGGCGAACGUGUGGAGUUUGGACCAUUGCAGGCGGAGAUUUUGCCUGGCAUUGCGCGUGUCAUGGUGCCCAAGUGAAUCUCACAGAGGCUAGAGUGAAUCUCAACUAGAAAGUCGUACAUUCGAGCAAUAAAUAUAAACAACUAUGGCAUUUGUAUAUGUAGCUGGUAGAUUAUUAGGCAUAUUAUGUACUCUUUUUUUUAUCUUGUUAAAA